UCCUGCCCUACGUGAUGACGUCGCGUCGCAGGCUCAGCUAUGAUGGCAGCCGUAGGUUGACAUCGAUACAUUACUGAAUAUAAACUAUUUAAAAGUUAGCGGCAGGAAAGCAAAACAACAACAACAACAACAACAAAACAAAUCCCGACACACUAACGUAGAACAAACCAACAGUUGUUCAGAUAGUAACGUUACACACUUAAAAAACACACACACACACACACACACACACACACCGCCUGGUUUGGGGGAACGCGGCACUAUGCCCGCAGCCACUGUGGAUCACAGCCAAAAAAUAUGUGAGGUUUGGGCCAACAACCUGGAGGAGGAGCUGAAGAGGAUCCGACAUGUCAUUCGUAAAUACAACUACAUCGCUAUGGACACCGAGUUUCCCGGUGUAGUAGCCAGACCGAUCGGAGAGUUCAGGAGCAACGCCGACUAUCAGUACCAGUUACUGCGCUGCAAUGUGGACUUGCUCAAGAUAAUCCAGCUGGGCCUCACGUUUAUGAACGAGCAAGGAGAAUACCCUCCGGGGACAUCGACGUGGCAGUUCAAUUUUAAGUUUAACCUCACAGAAGAUAUGUACGCACAGGACUCCAUCGAGCUCCUGACCACUUCAGGGAUUCAGUUCAAGAAGCACGAGGACGAAGGCAUCGAGACUCUGUACUUUGCAGAGCUGCUGAUGACAUCGGGAGUGGUGCUUUGCGAUGGGGUCAAGUGGCUGUCGUUUCACAGCGGCUAUGACUUUGGAUACCUGAUCAAGAUUCUGUCCAACGCAAACCUGCCCGAGGAGGAGGUGGACUUCUUUGAGAUUCUUCGCUUAUACUUUCCAGUCAUUUACGAUGUGAAGUACCUCAUGAAGAGCUGUAAAAACCUGAAGGGCGGGCUGCAGGAAGUAGCUGAGCAACUGGAGCUGGAGAGGAUCGGACCACAGCAUCAGGCCGGCUCUGACUCUUUACUCACAGGCAUGGCUUUCUUCAAGAUGAGAGAGAUGUUCUUUGAGGAUCAUAUCGAUGAUGCAAAGUACUGUGGUCACUUGUACGGGCUGGGCUCCGGCUCGGCCUACGUCCAGAACGGAACGGGGAACGCUUACGAAGAGGAGGCUAACAAGCAGCAGUCGUGACAUCGCUCUGAAACUCUCCCAUCCUGCGGUUCAACGUGCACUAUCAGUGCGGCACUGAAGCCAAGCUUCGCCAACCGGCUGAUGAUGAUAAUAAUAAUGGAAGAACACAAACAUACACACAUCAUUUAGCAAGCUGCUUCUCAUAGGCUCUUCUCACCUUAGAUGACUGAACAUGAUGGUAAAAAAAGAAAAAGAAAUCACAGCUGUCCUUAAACAUGUUCCUGUUGGCUGCGUGUGAGUUUAGUCUUUUAUUCCUACAAUGCAGUUUAGGCAGCCUGGUUGGAUCAGUUCAAUUUAACAUGCUUGAAAAUAUGGGAUUUUAGUUUUCCUAAAAUGUUCUGUAGAAAAUGUUUUGCACUUUAAAGCUCUAACCUGAUUUUAUAUGGAAAGCUGAACAUGUUUCUGGUGUCUCUCCUCUUUGUUGCCUUUCUCUACGUUCCCGUUUUACAUUUUUUGAACAUGCACAACCGCCCUCACCACGCUCAGCCUUACUAUUAGCUGCAUUCUUACCUUUUAAACUUUAAUUUAUUGUGCUGGUUAUCUGACAGUGAAUGGACACCCAGUUGAAGGAAUAAGACACCACAUGUUAGUGCGCUCGCCCUCUUGUCAUCCGAUCUCUCGUAUGAUAAUGAGAAAGGGAUCUCUCAGUGAGUCUGUUUACGUGCACAUGAAUAUCUCAUUGAAGUUUUUUGUUUUUUCUCAUGUGUUCAUAUAAAGAUAAUGUUUAUUACGACAUGAAUAAGAUCUAAUCCCACUGUGAGAUGCCUUUUAACUAACAAGCUGGUGUAUUCUGCUUAUAUAGAUGGGACUAAAACAAGUGACCAUUUCCUCUUUCCUAUUCGUUGCCGUUUCCCGUUUUUGAACUCAUGAUAAUGCUCCAGGUAGUCGCGAUAUAUACAGUACGUACUACACGCAUACGUUCGUAGGAAGACUGUGGAUUGUUUGUGCAUGUAAACACCCUCAACGACACAAGCAUACACGAACACAGAUGCAUCACAUCUCUACAUGACCUCGCGUUGAUUUCAACUAAAUUCACCAGACCUUAAAGAAACAAUUAAAAAGUAUCUAACAAAAACAAAACACUCGCCUGCUGUAAGACAUGCCGAGGUUGCCCUAAACUACUCUCUUGAGAGUAAAUGUUCAUUUUUAAUUGAAAUUAAGGUUUUGUAGAGUUUUAGUGUUGUAAUAAAAGAAGAAAAAACUUUUACUUGUUGGGGGGAAAAAAAUAAAUAACGUUGCCUUUUAAUAUGCAUCUUUUUUUGUUCCAGUGGAGCUUCAAUUCACUUUUUCUGGCCUUUCGAAUGACUAUUUUUUGUUUUUGUAUUGCUCUCCAGUUCAUUCAUGCCGCCUAGAACAGCCGCAUGUACUAAAACGUUUGAAUAAAUGCCGUGUUGUUGAAUAGUAUCCUGAACUUCCGUAGGUGUGUGUUGAAGUGUAGGUUCACCACUUAUUAACCUCCCUCAGCGUCGAUAACUGAAACGCUUUUCUUUCUUUCUGCAGCACAUCUUCCACACUGUAAAGGAGUAAAAAAAGAAAAAGAAUAUGCAAUAUAUAAGAGGAUUGUUUUUAGAUUAUUUUGUAAAUAAAGGCUUGAAAACUUUUCUACCAUAAAA